UGGAAGGGCCGGGCAGGUAAGACACACACCUUUCUUUUGGGCAAACUCGCCAGUUUGUGGGCGGAGCUACAAUAGUUGCCUUCGCGGCGUUUCAAAUGGCGUGACGAGUCAUCCAUUUUUCUAUCAAUAUCAAGAGUGAAGGUGAAUUCAAGGACUUGUUUCCACUUGAUGUGUUCCGACAGGUGAGCAGACAGCUUCAUCAUGAGAUUCUUUGGCGGUCAAGGGCGAUCAUAAAGUAUCGUCUCAGCUGCUGAGACCUUCAACCCGAGACCCGAACGCCUCGGCGCAUCAGAAACCUGCACCUGCCGCCUGAAGAGUUCCAAAGCAGGACCAGGAAGUGUUCUGUCAGAGGCCAUCAUGAACGACCCUUAUCAGAACAACGUGAACCAGCAGGUGAGCGAAGGAGGCGAGUACGCAUACACCCAAGAUGGCGGCGGGAGGGACGGGUACCCCUACCAGACGGACUACCCCCCUCAGGAGGAGGACGCCGCCAGCGACGCCACAGAGGGCGCGGAUGACGACGAGCACAUGUACGAGGGCGAGUACCAGGGCAUCCCGCACCCGGACGAGAUCAAGGAGGCCCGGCGGGCGGCGCGGCUGGAGGCCAAGAGGAAGGCCAAGCAGGCGGCACAACAGGAGGAAGAGGAGGACAACCUGCCCGAGCAGUACGAGUGCAUCAUGGAGGACUGCGGCCACGGACGCUUCCAGUGGAUGCUCUUCUUCGUGCUGGGCCUGGCGCUGAUGGCCGACGGCGUGGACGGUUUUGUGGUGGGCUUCGUCAUGCCCAGCGCCGAGAAGGACAUGUGCAUAUCCAACGCUGACAAGGGCAUGCUGGGCCUGCUGGUGUACGUGGCCAUGAUGGUGGGCGCCCUGGUGUGGGGGGGUCUGUGUGACAAGAUGGGCCGCAGGAAGUGCCUGAUCUACGUCCUGAGCAUCGACCUGGUCUUCUCCUUCCUGUCCUGCUUCGCUCAGAGCUACGGCUUCUUCCUCUUCUUCAGGUUCUGCUCCGGCUUCGGAAUCGGCGGCUCCAUCCCCAUCGUGUACACGUACUUCACGGAGUUCCUGCAGAUGGACAAACGAGGCGAACAUCUGAGCUGGCUCUGCAUGUUCUGGAUGCUGGGAGGCCUGUACGCUUCUUUCACCGCCUGGGGAAUCAUCCCACACUACGGUUGGGGUUUUUCCAUCGGCACCGAGUUCCAGAUGCACAGCUGGAGAAUCUUCAUCCUGGUGUGUCUCUUCCCCGUCAUGGCCGCGCUGGUCGGCGUCAUCUUCAUGCCGGAAAGUCCUCGAUUCCUCCUGGAGAGCGCUCGACAUGACGAGGCGUGGAUGGUCCUGCGCCGAGUCCACGACACCAACUGGAAGGCCAAAGGCGAGCCCGAGAGAGUCUUCACUGUGAGUUCAUUAUUUUGAUAUGAUUUUAAAG